CAACCACCUCCAACUUCCACAAAAAAACUUUCUCUCACUUUCUCUUCCAUUUUCCUGCGAGAAACUUCUUUUUUCCAACAGGAGUUUCUUUACAUUUGCUGGAACUAGAAUUUCCGUCUCCAACAAUGAAGAAACCAGGAUUCUUCGCUGCCUCAGUCGCCGCAGCCUCUGCUACCGCCAUCUCUACUUGCUCUUCUUCCUCCAACUCCAUCUAUAAUACUCACCAGAGUUCUGCCCUGUUUGGUUCCCUAGAAAUUGAGGAGGCUGAAUUGAAACAGAGUCAAGAAAAUCAAAGGCCAUCUUCGACUGAGAAAUUUGCGCCGAGGUUUGAUGGCCUAAGAUUCAUUGAAACGCUGGUCACUGCUCACAGAUAAGCUUGGUCACCAUUAGCUCCAUGCUUAUCACGUCUAUUGUAUUUCUCUUUUAUUGUUCAAGAAAGCAAUUAAUGGAGAAAGUUCAACUUUUUUGGUAGAUAUGAAAUUGAGAAAAAGGAGGAAAACUCUUGUAUUUCAGGUGUUUUGAUGUGAUAGUUCUUUUAACUUUUUUUGCUCUUCGAUCAAAGCUAAGCUUUUUGCUCUUGUUUAGAACUCUUUCUUCAAAGAGGUAAUUUGUUCUUUGGGAGGAAAGUAUUUUUUUUAUUUUUUUA